AUGGUGUUCCCUGGAAGGCUUAGCACCGGCUGCUAUGUAUGCCGGAGGCGUAAAGUGAAGUGUGAUGGGGCUCGACCAGCAUGCCGUCGCUGCGUCACACAGGGGAGGCAGUGUACGGGUUAUCCGGAUGCCUUCGCCUUUCGUGAAUAUAAAGCCACGAAAGAACCUCAAGCAGGCAAGGCAGCAGCCAGGAAACGAACCAAAAAGACUACGGACGGUGAACAGCCCGCGAGUGGCUCAACAUCACCUCCCCCUGCUGCGAUAACACCAUGUCUGGAGUGGCAGUCACUUUGUUAUUUCUUUCAUCAGCAUGUCCUGCCUACCGAGAAGUCUCCCUGUGAGGGUCAUCUUGCCUUCCUUCCUGAGCUAUAUCAGGAGAAAGGCAAUGACCCUUCCCUGAGACAUGCCAUCCUUAGCGUAUCUUACCUUUCGUUAUUCAACACCGCUCGCGUAAAUGAGCUUUACGUGAAUGCUAGGAAGCAUUAUGGUGUGGCAUUGAAAUCGCUCACAACGUCACUCAGCAACAAGGAGACCUCGACUCAAGACGAGACGUUUGCAGCUGCGCUGUUCUUGAGUAUGUUCAUGGAUCUAAGCGGCGAGAGACAGGGGGCAGUGAAUCCUCACAUCCCUGGAAUUUGCUCUCUAAUGCAUCUUCGGGGUAGACCGGAGCGCAGUAGCAAAUAUGCCCGCAAGCUAUUCGGUUGGGCAUUCACUCAGAUACAAAUUCAAGCGGUAGCCAAUAAUCAGUUUGCGUAUGCCUGCUUGCCAGCAUCUAUCAAUAUGGCGUACAAUCCCGACUACGUGCUACGCUCAGGGAUAAUCACCAGUAUGAUCUCCGAGUUUUGUCACGGGGCCAGCGAGUUCCGAAGAACCGAACACAACUACCCACCCACCGCCAGGGCCCGGUUAUUGCAUUCCAUUCUGGGAAGGGCGUAUUUCAUCAUGGAACAAAUCAGCAUUUGGGAUGAGGCAGUCCCUCAACAUUGGAAACGCCAAUUUGCCGUGCCGGGUAUGGGCCAAGUGAAUCAUGCAGAGCAGGCUGCUUCGCGAGAUCCAUGGACCCCAUGCUUCUUGGCCGUCGUCCAGGCAGCACAAAUUCUCUAUCUCGUCCACGUGUUCGAGUGUUGGGAGAAGUACGUUCCAUUUGCAUCUGCGAUAAACGAUGAACAUAUUGAAUAUUUCCCUGUAGAAACAUUCAGCGGGAUAGACGAUCGGAUCAGAAGCCUGAUAGAGGUGAUUUGCGACACUGCGACUUACACAUUGGGACAUGUCACCCCAAAUCAUGAAUUCCAGCUGCACCCCAACAGCAAGCUGGCGAAUGGAUACACGCUUCUGUGGCCGAUGUGGGUGGUUGUAAAUUCCGGGCUUGCGACAGCAGACCAAUUGACUCUAUGCCGGCUUGCUCUUGAGUGUGUUGGUUCGACCAUGGGUUACCGGUUGGCCUCUGUCUUGUGUGCAGAUGGUAGACAGGAAGAACCUCGUUCACGCAUACUUGAACAAUCCUCAAUGACUCGCAGCCUCACGGCCGUGCAGUAAACCGAAAU